AUGUAGAAAGUAUUUAUCAAUCAAGGUAAAACUGACUAUGUAAGUCAAUUUUUUUGGAAUCCAACUCAAACUAAAAGAAAAAAAACCUUUUUCGCAAAUAUCAACCCUUCAUUAAGAUGCAUUUUUCUUUACUUUUUUCAUGUUAGACUUCUUAAUGAAAAAAUAGAAAAGAGCAAUACUAAAAUACAAAUUAAAAAAGAGCAUGCAUAUAUUGUAGAAUUAAUCUCUAAAAUUCUUCUCCUUUUGAGAUUUGAGAUACAACCAAGUCUUGAAAAUUAGAUUCCAACUAUUUGCUUAAAUGAUAUACACAAUCCCAUUUAAAGAUAUUUGUGA